GGUAUCUGUUUUACGCCCCGCGCCUCUGCUGGGACUUGCCAUUGCUUCUUGUGUCACUGUGACCAAAUUAACCCAAGCUUGCAGGUCAAUUUCUUUCAUGCCCCCCUCCUUCUUCUUUGGACUGGCAACUCUGCCCUCUGGCAGUAGGCAGCCCUACGCCCCAGGGUGCUGGAAUGGCAGCUCUGCUUUGCAAAAAACGCAAGAAACCAGGAGUGUCUGACCUGCAAGAAGAGGGUAAAAAUGCUAUCAAUGCGCCAAUGUCCCCUGCUACAACUGAUCUCCAUCCAGAAGAUACAUUACUAGAGGAAAAUGAAGAGCGUACAAUGAUAGAUCCCACUUCAAAGGAGGAUGCCAAGUUUAAAGAACUUAUCAAGGUCUUGAUUGACUGGAUAAAUGGCGUCCUGGUUGAGGAACGGAUCAUCGUCAAGCAGCUUGAAGAAGAUGUCUACGAUGGGCAGGUGCUACAGAAGCUGCUAGAAAAGCUAGCUGGUCAUAAACUAAAUGUGGCUGAAGUGACACAGUCUGAAAUUGGACAGAAACAGAAACUGCAGACUGUUCUGGAAGCCGUCCAUGAUUUACUCCGACCCCACGGCUGGACGAUCAAGUGGAGCGUGGACCUGAUCCAUGGCAAGAACCUGGUGGCCAUCCUCCAUCUGCUGGUGGCGCUGGCCAUGCACUUCCGGGCUACUAUCCGGCUCCCUGAACAUGCGUCGGUGCAAGUGGUCGUUGUAAGGAAGCGGGAAGGGUUGCUCCAGACGGCCCACGUGACCGAGGAGAUCACCACGACAACCGAAAUGAUGAUGGGAAGAUUCGAGCGAGAUGCCUUUGAUACACUCUUUGACCAUGCCCCAGAUAAACUAAGUGUAGUAAAAAAGUCCUUGAUCACUUUUGUAAACAAGCACUUAAACAAGCUGAAUUUGGAAGUGACAGAAUUAGAAACCCAGUUUGCAGAUGGCGUAUACUUGGUGCUGCUGAUGGGACUUCUCGAAGACUACUUCGUUCCCCUCCACCACUUCUUCUUAACUCCUGAGAGUUUGGAUCAGAAGGUUCACAACGUCUCCUUUGCUUUUGAGCUGAUGCAAGACGCGGGGCUCAAGAAACCGAAAGCGCAACCUGAAGAUGUCGUCAACCUGGAUCUCAAGUCUACCCUGCGGGUUUUAUACAACCUGUUCACGAAGUACAAGAACAUGGAGUGACCUGAAGCUCUGCAGGGGGCCCACAGGGCAUCGCGGGAAACAGCUUUUGAUUUCCCUUCCUCUUCUGUCAUAUGUUGCAUUUCCAAUCAGCCUUCCCCAACUUGGUGGCCUCCAGCUGGGUUGGUUGGCAGUUCCCAUAAUCCACAGCCAGUGCAACCAGCUCAAGAACGAGAGUCAUUGUCUGACAUUCUGGAAGCAGCCAGGUUGGGGAUGGCUGAUUUCCACCUGCUUCUUCUGCAUGCAAGCCCUCCGUGCUUUGAGCCCACAGCCCGCCUUUGGAAGUGCAGUUGAAUUCCCUGGAAUAUCCAUGUUACGGUUUCAUCUCCUGCAAAGCUGUUGCCCACCGCCUCUCCGUUCAGCACAAGUGCCUUAUUCCAACAGUGGGGGCUGCAAGUGGGCCUGGUGCCGUUGCAGAGAAAGUGCCCCGCGGGGAGCUUGGAUCCAAGGCACCGCUUUCCUCCGAGUUUCUCCGCAUCUCGCCUCGGCCUUGAGCGUCUGAGGGGGCUUUCGAUGAGGUGCUCCCAUCCCUUCGCCUUGGGCGUGUGGGGGGAGUAACAUCGACCUGCCUUGCAGGGUCAUUGUACGGCUUGUGAGGAUCCUGUAGGGUGAAGGCUCACGGACAUGCUGAUGGUGAUGUGGCAGCUCUUUGUAAAAAAAAAAAAAAAAAGGAAAAAAAAGCAUGUGUUUUGGGUGAGAGUGACAGUGACCCAUUUGGGGAAAAACAGCUUUACAGGAGUGCUUCUGCCUCCUUUUUGCCCAGAUUUAGACACGUUUGGGCUUUCUUUUCAUCUUUUGGGGGCUGCAACCUGAGGCUGUUCCCUGAAUCUUUGACGGCCUUGCUUCCCCUUCGACGGCACCUGUCCUGCGACUUCAUUCCCUGUACUGUGAACC